UUUAACUUUUCCUUUUGUUAUGGCGACUUUAAAUGGCGACUGAAGGCGAAGGACGUUCAAAAAUGGGUCGCAACAACAGUUCCUACAUCAUUUACAUUAUAUUGGCGGUGAUACUAGUCACCCUACUCUAUUUCUCGUGGUCCCUCAACACGCAAGUAAAAGGCGCCAGGGCAGAGAAGAGAUCUUUAGAAUCGGAGCUAAGUCGUAACGAGGGAGAGAACAACAAGCUCAAAUCCCAACUGCAAACCCUUAACGAAGAGAUACAGAGUCUAACAAGACACAAAACUGCUCUUGAAAAUGAGAAAGAGAAGUUAUCGACAGAAUUGAAUGAGGCUAAGGCUUCAAUAGUUUCUGAUAGUAAUAAGCUAACGGAGUCAAAGUCGACCAUUGAAAACCUUCAGCAAAAACUGGAGGAAAAAUCAGACGAACUGACUAAAGUGACGCAAGAGAAAGACUCAGAAUUGGACAAAUGUGAAAAAGCUAAGGAAGCAUGUGAAGAUCAGAAAGAGAAAUUGAGUACGUGUGAGACAAAUCAUGAGGCAGUCCAAACGGAGCUAGCAACAUUGAAGAGAAAGUUUCAGACACAAGGUGUUGACAGGCAAUCUCUGUUAUCCCAGUUUAAUUCUGUUUCAGAAGACCUCAAAGCUGCUCAAAGACAAUUACAGGAAUGUCGCUCGCUUUUAACAUCCCAGCACUCCAACCCUCGUGAUUCUCAAACAGAUGUUAAAUACCGGAAUACUCUUGAUCACGGUGAGAGUAAGCAUCCAAAUACUCUGACUCACGUCCAGAAGAACGAUGAGAAGCAUAACGAUAAUGACAUUCAGUAUGAUCAUCAGUCUGAUGCCAAUAACAAUAAUAAUAAUAAUCAAGAUGAGCACAGGGCAGAUGCUGGUAAAGAUGGUGGGGACGAGGGUGGGAAGAAACCAGGAGACUUGCCUCAUGAAGACGGGGACGAUGGACAGGGCGGGCCUCCGAUGCUGGGGGUGGGCGGAGAUGAAGAGAGACAGGGGGGAAUGCCUCAAAACCCGGACCUGGUAUUGGGUAUCAAUCAACCUGGUCAUCAUCUUGAUAAAGGGAAUAGUGAUGAGGGGCCACAGCUGAGGGGAAAUGAUAAAGUACCUGAUUAUCAAUCGGAUAAUGAUGGAGGUAACAAAGAUGGUGAAGCAGAUACCGCUGGCGCUAAAGACAGUGAAGGUGAUGCUAAAGAAGGAGACGGAGGAGGUAACAAAGACACAAACGGCGACACAGCGGACAAUAAAGACAACGACGGAGCCGAUCACGCCGGAGACUCAGAUGCCAAAGAUGGAGACGACCAACAGAAUAAGGAUCCCAAUAAAGAUAGUGAGGACGAUGGAGCUGUCCCAAAUAAGAGUGACCCUCUUGAAACUGAUCACGACGGCGGUAGAGACGAUUUGGAUCAUCUCGCUGAUCUCGUUGCUCAAGACAAGAAGGCUCAAGUAGACGAGGGAGAGGAUAAGAAGGAGGAACAUGGAGCGUUGAAACGGGAUCUUGAUGACGUAAUGCCUCACCAUCUGGACGAGAAUGGUAUCCAAAGACCAAACUUUAAUCCGGUCGAAGGAGAUGAGAAAUCGAAAGAGGACGAGAUCAGGUCUUUGUUCAAGCAUAAUAUCGAUAAUCCUAACUUUGAUCAGAAGCUCCAGGAUAUUCUAUCCCGUAACGGCCAUCGAGAAGGUCCCGAUAAUUUUAGGAUGUCGAGGAACGGUUUCGACGAGAACCAGUUGGAGCAACCGUUUCGUAAUCGUGACGAAGCCAUCGAGAGGAUGAGAGAGUUUGCCGGAGAUAGAGUGAGGAGAAGGCCGAAUCGUCGUGGAGAUUUUUGAGGGCAUCAUGUUAAGAAACAGAAUAUGCAUACAGAGAGGGAGAGAGGGAGGAGUAUAUAUAUCUUUCCACUUUUCAUUUUUUGAUUAUUAAUAUUUACUACACGCUACAAAUUACUGUACUACUAACUGUUAGUUUAAAAGUGAGACUCGUAAUUUUAUUAUGAAAA